CGACAUGAAACCAAUUCCUUCUUUUAUAAAAAAUACAAAUCAAGUUAAUAAUAUUAAAGAAAGUAGGAUGAAUAGUAUGAUUGAUAGUACUGAAAGUAGACUUACUCUUUCACCUGAAAAGCAAAGAAAGUCUGUAAAACCUUUAAAAAAACAAUUACGCCCUAGAACAAAAAAAAAUUAUUGUGAAUUAUCAAGACUUUCAGAAACUUCUAACUCUAAUGAACAAACAAUAACAAAUACUAAAAAAUUUAACAUUAAAAAUAAUAAAAAAUCUGUACCAAUAUACAAAAGUAUUAAAUUAUCUCAAGAGAAUUUCAAAGAUAAAGAAGAAAUUUAUACUUUUCCUGAUGAAUCACAAGAUAAUGAUCAAAAAAUAAAACAAAUGAAAAAAACUUGUAAAAAAACGACUGCGAAACAAAUUAAAAAAAUUAAAACUUCUCGAAUACUUGGAACUCUAAGAAAUCAAAGAAAAAAUAUUAAGAAAGGUCCAAUAAAUGUCAAUUUUAAGGAACAAAAUGAAAAAAAAAUUGUUAAAAGUAUUCAGAAUCAUAUGAAUCCUGAAUAUCUUCAAGGUGCUGAAAAUAGUACAAUUUCAGAAGUUUCAACUAUUAAAAUAUCAUCAAAUGAUAAAUUACAAGAUAGUAAAAAAAUUAAUUUAACUGUAACACCAUCUAUACCUAAAUUAAUAACAUCCGAAUUAAAAUUAUUUGGUCCCAAAAAUGCUAUUACUUCUAAACCAACAAUGCAAUACAGUCAUAUGAUAAAUCAUUCAUUAAUUAGGAAAUCAAUGUCACCAAUUACUAAGUUGGUUGAAAACUUUGAUGCAGGAAGUCCAUGGCGCUCAAUAGAUACUUUUUCACGUGUUCAACAGAUAGUGCAAAGUACACCUCAAAUAAAUAAACUACCAUUAAUGCGUACAAAGAAACUUUCAGCACCUAAAAUAAAUUUUAAUAAAUCAAUUGCUUCUAAUGAUACCAUUCAAGUAUUAUCGAGUGUUUUUAGUAAGCAAAAUAAACUGGAAGAUACAAAAGUGUCUAUUAUAAAUGAUCAUAAAAUAUCUCCACGAAAAUUUGGAACUGUACUUUCUAAUAUAAGUUCUUUUCAUAGUAAAAACGUGCAAAAUAUAAAUAAAAGUCCAAUUAAAGAUAAUCAACAAUCCUCAGUAACAACGAUAUUGCAAAUGUCUUUUACAGACAAUAAUACAACGUUAUCAACACAAACUGAAUCUCUAAAAACAAAUUUAUUAGAAUUUCCUAUAAAUCAAGAAAAAUCUUAUGUAAAUAAGGAAAAUACAAUAACUCCAAAAAAAACUGCAAGAAAGAAAUUUAGCUCACCAAGUCCUUUCAGAUUUGACAAAAUGCAUUCUUCUAAAAGAACACUUUAUGUUGAACCUCGAUCUAAAACACAAACAAUUACUGAUGAAGAGUUUAAAAUAGAAACAACAUUGUUACAUCAUGGAGACUUAAAGCCAACGAUUUUAAGACAAUCAAAUCUUAACAAUUUUUUAAACAUAGAUCAAAUGCCAGAGGAAACGCAUAUAUCUACAAUUCAUGGAAUUUUCAAUGAUGUUCAUUCUACUCCAAUAAAAGGAAGAAAAUUUAAAAAAUUGAUUAUAGAACCAACUAUAGAAAAUGCAUUUGGUUUUGAUGAUUCGGAUGUACAUGAAAUACCAUCAGUUAAUAAUUCAUCUAUGUCAAUAAUUAAUAAAAAACAUAAUGUCAAGAGCACAAAAGAAAAUACUACUUCAAAAGUAAAAGAUAAGCUACAAAUUUCAUCAAGAAUUUUAGAAAAUCCAGCAAAAAAAUUAAUAUUAAAAUCUGGUUUGAAAAAAAAACCAAAAGAAACAAUAGAGUCGUAUAUAAACAAAAACAUAAACAUUAUUGAAAAAAAUGAUAAUAAAACAAUUGAAAAGUUGAUAAGUGGCAAUGAGCUUCAAUUAUCAAAUAAAUCAGUAUUAGAUUCUAUAUUAUUCUCAGAUACGUUUGACAUUCUUUGUGAAAAAAAAGAAAUUAAAUUACCCAAAGAAUUUCCUUUAUUUAUCGAUUUACAACCAGUUCAUUUUAGUGAGCCUCCAAGACGUUCGUACCAGAAGCGAAAACGAGAAAUUCUUUUGGAUAUUAAUAAAUAUAAUUUUGUAGAGGAAAAAGAUGAAUAUAAUGAACCGCGACUCAAAAAAAAAAAGGUAACUAAAAUUAAUAAAGAAGAAAGAAAGCGAAUCAAAGAAUGGGUUAAAAAUAUAAAUGAAACGUUUGAAGAAAUCGACCAUUUUGAUCUAAUAGUAGAAUAAAUUUAUCAAUGUAGUUUAUCAAAUUCAUCAAAUCAUUCAA